AUGAAGUCCUGUGCGUCUCACCUUUGCGUUGGUGUGCUUGGGGUGAUUGCAUGGAUGGGUUUGUGGGUUCACUGCAACAUUCCUGAUUCCCUGUGUGGUGCCUACUUGAAUGGAGAUGUGAACUAUGCGAUUUUGACUUCAAUUCACUCGAAAGUAGUCAACCUUCACGAACGGACAAGUCCACAGCCAUUCACUUGUACUGACUUUGAUCUGAUCCCAUUUCUGCAAUCGUUGGCUGCCAUCCACACAAUUGAAGAAAUAAAUAACUCUGAUUUUCUCCUGGGGAUUAAGCUUGGAUAUGAAGUCUGUGAUCCUUGUGCAUCUCCCACUAAAGCCCUGCACUGUGUGGAGCAGUUACUGUCUAUUAACGGAUCUCUGCCAGUGCUUUCUGAUUACUCAGACUUUCGUCCAUCAGUGAAAGUGUUUUUGGGAGAAAGAUACUCUGAGUUGUCUAUCGCUGUUGCCAAGUUACUCAGCCUCUAUCUGGUUCCCCAGGUCAGUUGUUCAUCAUCUUCACCAGCCCUGAGCGACAAACUGCGCUAUCCAUCAUUCAUGCGUGUGAUUCCAAGUGAUGUCUACCAAGCCCAGGCACUGGUCAAACUCAUGACCCGUUUCUCAUGGGACUGGGUUGGUGUAGUGUAUGGAGAUGAUGACUAUGGCAGAGCAGCCUACCAAAGUUUCCAGCAGGAGGCAGAGGGAAAAGUAUGUGCCGCUUUUAAGGGUGUGGUACCACACUACUUGGACCACGUCGAUGUUGACAAGCACAUCAAAGAUGUUGCUAACAGUAUUCGAGCUUCGUCCGCCAAAGUUGUGCUGCUCAUUCUAAAGCCACAGCUGGUGGAACGGCUUUUCAAGGAGAUGAUUCAAAGCAAUACAAGCAGAAUUUGGAUUGCAAGUGACGCUUGGUCCAUGUUCCGCCCCUUAACAAAGAUGAAAGACAUAAACCAAUUGGGUGACAUCUUUGGCUUUUCCUUUUCCAUGGGAAAUAUCUCAGGAUUUGAAGAGUACUUGAGAAACCUUAGGCCAACCCCAGGGGCAAGAAAUGAUUUCAUAGAAGAGUAUAAGCAGUUGAGACUCAACUGCUCCAUCUCACCCUUAAACUGCAGCGUAGAUGACUUGCUCUAUGCCGUGGAUCUGAGAGAAGCUUAUAGAGAGAGAGUGGCGACAUAUGCAAUAGCUCAUGGUAUUAGAAAACUCCUUAAAUGCAACGAGACUGUCUGCUCUGGAGAUACCAACUUUCCACCUUGGAAGCUUGUGAAAAGUAUUCUCAGUGUGAAUUUCACGCUUGAUGGCACUACAUAUUCCUUUGAUGAAAAUGGUGACUUUACGGAUGGUUAUGACCUACUAAUGUGGAAGAAAAAUGAUGUUGGACGAAUAAUUGACGUUGUGGGAAAAUUCCUCUUGAAAAAAGGAGAAGUGGAGAUAAACAGUGAAUUAAGCAUUAACACAAUCACCAUGUCCAGAUGCUCAGAGACUUGCCGACCUGGUACAGUGAAGUUUAAAGGAAAUGUUUCCUGCUGCUACAAUUGCACCAACUGUCCAGAAGGAAAAUAUACUGAUAAAGAGGAUGCAACCGAGUGUCUUAAUUGUACUGCAGAUAUGUGGUCUCUUGGUGGAAGCAGCAAAUGCGUGAACUUCCAGGAGAGAUUUCUAAAUUGGUCUGAGAGUUAUCCCAUAGCUCUGUUAGUGGCAACAACAAUAGGCAUGGUUCUAGUGUUCACUUCAUUUAUCAUUUUCUGUGUGCACAGAAACACAAUAGUAAUCAAAAAGGCUGACAUUAAAAUGUCUUUAUUUAUGUUACUUGGGUUGAUGAUUAGCUUUGUGAGUGUAAUCAUGUUUAUUGGCAGGCCAAACAACCAUCUGUGUAGGGCACAGCAGGCCGUCUACGGUCUUGGUUUCACCCUGUGUGUUUCAUGCAUCCUGGUUAAAGCCUACCGCACUUUUCUGGCUUUCAUGGCCUUUGAUCCGAUCAAGCAGCAUCAGCUCAAAAAACUCUACAAGCCUCUUGUCAAUUUGGCCAUGCUUACCUCUGGUCAAGGAGUUAUCCUAUUGUUCUGGUUGAUCUUCAGGUCUCCCAGAGUGGAGCCAAAAUGGCCUGGAAGUGGCUUGGUAAAAUACAUUCUCUGUGACGAGGGCUCUAUACCAGGUUUUGCCGUCAUGCAUGGUUACAUAGCUCUGUUGGCCUUCAUAUGUUUCUUCCUUGCUUUCAAGGGUAGAAAAGUGCCACACGAUUUUAACGACACUGGGGUUAUAAUCUUCAGCAUGCUGAUUCACCUGUUUGUCUGGCUGUGUUUUAUCCCCAUUUACAUUACUAAGGACAUGACCGAUCAGAGGCCCAUUGUUCAGGCUUCGGCCAUCCUGGCCUCCAACUACGGUAUAAUCUUAUGUCAUUUUGUUCCAAAGUGCUAUAUAGUUCUCUGGGAACUGUCGGAGAACUCGAGGGCAUCAGUCUUAAAGAGGUUGACUAGGCAUAUUAGUGAUGACUCGGCCAAUGCGGACAUUACUGUAUUGCAAGAAUCGGGCCGAAUCACUCCUGACUCUGGUAUUAUCUGCCUUGACGUAGGUUCAGUAGAAUCUUUUGUAGAGAUUAGCAUGAUUUCUAAAUAUGUUUCUAGUACUAUAAGGACAGUGGAAAUGUUAAAUGAUGAUAGAAGCAGUAACAGUCCAGCCAUGACCAGGUGAGACAAAGACAUACCACGAAAUAAUUUGCUGAAACAAACAAUGGAGUGCAAAAGUCUGAAUACACCUGUGAAAAUGUUGCAAUAUUUUUUUAAUAAAUAUUUUUCAUCAUUACAAAUUUAAUUACCAGCGAAACAACUUGAACUGAAAAAUGAACGUGAAUUUCCGAAGGCAUAGACACAACCUGAUGGUCUUAUCCAGCAUAAUUUGAGAAUGUUCCAUAGAGUAUCUUGUGUGCUUCAAUGAUAACAAGAAAAUCUGAAUGUCUGUAUAAAGGAAAUAAAAUGGUCAGUUUCACAUUUUUACUUAUUUGAUUAGUGACCUAGGCAUAAUGCAGAAUCUAAAAUAUUUCUCAUUAAUUUUACGUCAUAUUGUUUCUUUUGUUUUGCACUUGUAAAAUUGUUCUGUAUAUUUCCAGGUUUAAAUUAGAUUUUCAACGUGAACUCUAAACUAUAGUUCCUCACCAAAAUAAUAAAUAGUGACUUUUAUUACAUAAUCUGGAUUUUCAUCUUACUUACUUUGUAAGUGGACCAUGUGUAAUACUGUACAUCAGUGAUUUUCAACUGGCUAGUUGUGACCCAAAAAUGGGUUGCAGGUUUGUUCUGGUAGAGUUGUGGACAGCAGAAAAAAAAACAGUGCUAAAUGCAAAUAAUGAAAUUAGAGCUGUUGAGAUUAAUGCAUUUAAAACAAAUUACGCAUUUAGCAAUUUUAUUUAACAGUUUAUUCAGCUCUGUGUGAGUUCUAAACACUGGUUGGAAUAGGGCAGAACCUUUGUGUCCAGAGUCAGUUAUACAGACGUGCAUACCACAAAUAAACACACACAGCAGAGAUUUUGUGUCAAUGAUCAAGUGGUGCAGAAAGGACCUCUUACAAAAACAAACCCAUAUGGGACUUGUGACAAAAAUCAAAAACAAACAUUUGCAGCGUUUAUAAGGCAGAAUUUAAUUACCACAAAAGCACGUGAAAUCUUAACUAUCACCUAAACUAAACAAAUGAUAAAUGGCACUGAUGAGGGACCGCUGCAGCCGGCUAGCUUGUUGAAGUUCUCCCAGGUCAAGUAAUUUCAACUUUGAACCUGUUGAAGGUGACCUUACGAAGCAUCAGCUAAAAUGAUAACCCUACAAUUCGGAUUGAGUAUCAUUAUGUGGGCAGUGCCAGCGCUACAAGCAAAACAAGAUGUUGGCCGUGUUCGGAAUGUCAUACUACCAUACUACUCUUAAUACUGCUAUAGAUAUGACAGAAGCAGUUAAAGCAGUAUGGGUAGUAUACAGUUCUCAGCUCCCCAUUCUCUGCAGAACUAUGCUGUGAUUUCUCCUGGUUUUUCAGAUUUUUGGUUUUCUCCCCUUUAUCUUUCCAAUUUGGAAUUCCAAUUCCCAAUGCACUUUAAGUCGUGGUGGCAUAGUGACUCCUCAGUCCAGGUGGCAGAGGAUGAAUCUCAGUUGCCUCUGCAUCUGAGAUCAUCAAUCCACGCAUCUUAUCACGUGGCUUGUUGAUCGUGUUACAUAGCGCGUCACGCUAUUCUCCGCGGCAUCCACGCACAACUCACCAUGCGCCACACAUACAUUAUAUGCAUUAAGCCCCAUUCACACAUGCAGCGACUUCCAGCGACAAAGCGACCUCAUCUCAUUCAUUGUCAAUGAGAAAUGGCGACACGAGUGACAGCGACCUCUGGUUACUAGAUGUGGGUGUGACGAGCGACACGACAUAGUUGAGAAAAGUUUCACUUGAUGCAAAUGAGGAGGGACUUUCAAGUCGAGUGCAGGCAAGAUAGAGACGUUUCUGUGAGGGAUUUUACUGUUCUAUAUGAUUCGUCUUUAAACACAUACAUAGAUAAAAAAUGAUGCGUGGAAAAGAAAUUGUCGGCAGUCUGAGUGAUUUUGAUUCGUACAUUGAUAGUUCAUUCAUCUUAUUAAUUUUAUGAUGCAUUGAGCACUGCUGCAGUUCAUAUAAAAACACUCUCCCAUGAGGAUUGUGCAUUUUUAGGACAAGAAAAAUUCCUUAUCAAAUUAGAAUGAAUUCGUAGUUUUACUAGCAAAAUGCCUCAUCUGUGAUCAUAUUUUCAAAAGACAUGGCCAGACAGUCCACCAAUAACGUUAGAGCGACAGCAGUAGGAAUGCCCAGGAGUGACUUCACAGUACAGAGACUAGCGACAUCAAGCGAUAAAGUGCACACCUGCAUCUAAGUAGUUGUUAAGAUUUAAAUCGGAGACGCUAUAUACAAAAAUGGCGACACUCGCUGCUGCUGAGAAGUGCAUAAACUUACAUCUUGGCAAUUUUGAAGCGAUGUUACUUCUGACGAGAGCUGCAACAAAAAAGGUAAUCUCAGAAGCAACCUCUGUCAGUUUAUGAGUUUCUCUCUUUUGACCCCUCAAAAACAAACUCACACACGCACAAACGCACUACCUUAUUACUCCAGUAAGUGCUCCAGUAAAGCAGCACAAUCCUCCGUUGCUAGUUCUAAAGUUAUGUUUUCAAACUAGCAACGAAGGCUUGGACUGUAUCAAAGCAAGAUGCAAAAUCUGUAGCGGAAGAAAGUAGUUCCACUCACGAGCGAUUUAGGGAUGAAAACCAGAAAAUGUCUUGAGAUAAAACCCUGAACGAUGUCUUAAUUCAACGGUCCAUCGUCAAUUAUUCCUUACAUAUUUUUUUGUUUUCUUGCCUUAGAAUGAACUAAAUACAUUUUGACUGGAGAAGAAGUAUAUACUGUAUAGAGUCAAAUUUCAGCACUUCAAAAAACAUUAUGUGAUUAAUCGUGAUUAAAUAUUUAAAUCAACAACACUAAAUAAAAUGCAUGUUACCAUAUAAUCAUGCAUAGGUCGGAUGGCAAAAUAAAUAGGCUUAUUAGCUGUUAAAAGCAAGGAGAAAGCAUUUUCCAUAUAUUUUGUUGUUGUUGCCGUCAAAGGUUGUGCCUCCAAUCAAACUGUACAAUAUUUUGGUGCAAAUUCAUCUGUCACUUUCAGUUAGCCAAAUUAGACAGAUGUCAACAUAGACAGGUUGUGUGACAUGUCCUUCAAAACCAUGAACAACAUGAUGCAAGUUAAAAAACAAACAAACAAACAAGAUUUUUUUUUAUUUUAUAUAUUUUAACAUUUUGGCCCAUGUCAUGUAAAUAAUUUUGUUGGGUCUUAGCAGUUCAAUGGAAUAUUAGUUCAUGUCAAUGUGUUGGAAUUUCGUAACUUUUGUGGGAAGAGUCUGUAUUUUUGUAAAUAAAAAUUAUUUACUGUAUCUUUACACAUUUAAUAAAAUGUAGAAUAUGCAUA